UGAACGUGUUUCCUCAGUGGGGAUAUUGGAAGCCUCCUGGACGUACAGCAACCUCUCUACACGCAGGAUGAAGAAACCGUUAAUCUUGCUAGUCAUAAUUACUUACUUCCCAAUUCUCGUGGCAGUUGGAAUUCCUGCUAACAUCAUGGCAAUCGUAAUUCUCCUCAGAGGAAAGUGUGGUCUCUCCAAAUGUGUCGCCCUUUAUCUGGUGAUGAUGUCUGCCUCGGAUCUGAUGGUGCUUGUCUUUGCGGUCCUCUUUGGACGCAUUAUUUUCAUAUUUCAUCCUGAGUCAUUCCUACAUAUCACACCGCUGUGUAGCCUAAAUAAGGUCCUACUUUACUUAGCUAAAGACACUUCUGUUUGGUUUACAGUGGCAUUCUCCUUUGAUCGUUUCAUUGCUAUUUGUUGCCACAAACUGAAGACAAAAUACUGCACUUGGAGAACUGCCCGCGUGGUAACGCUUAUCAUAUUUGUGCUGUUUAGCAUAAAAAAUAUUCCGAUUUUCUUUGCCUUUAAACCUCAAAUAAAAAUUAAGAAUGUGCCAUGGUUUUGCCAGUUCAAAGAAAUAGUCUUCACUGCACCAGAAUGGAUUGCAUUUGAUUGGAUUGACUACAUAUUGACUCCAUUGAUACCUUUCUUUUUAAUUUUGUUGCUAAAUUCCAUGACAGUUCGGUACAUUUCAGUGGCCAGCAGAGUUCGCAGAAGAAUCCGAAUCACAAAACCGCAAAGUCAAAAUGACCCUGAGAUAAAGAACCGUAGAAAAUCCAUCAUUUUACUCUUCACCAUAUCAGGCAUUUUUAUACUGUUAUGGAUGACUCGAGUUAUCGAUUUUUUCUAUUAUUACAUAACAAGCAAUUUUUCCGACAGAGAUUUCAAUGAUGCUGCAUUUGCCUUAAAAUACUCAGGCGAUAUGUUGCAACUCUUGAGUUCUUGUACAAAUAUGUUUAUUUAUGUGGUGACUCAGGCCAAAUUCAGGGAGGAAUUGAGAAACUUAGCAAAAUAUCCAUUUAUUUGCAUUCUAAAAUUGGUUCAAUUAAAGAAGUGACAAAAGUAAAAGUAUCUUCUCUUUGGAGCAGACUUCUGUCUUGAUGCUAUGCCCAAUUUGGACGUCAAUCAUAAUGAGAGUUUUCCUGUGGGCAAUAUUGUCUCUUACCUGAUUGCAAAAUUAAAUUUGACAGCAUAUCCACAAUAUUAUGGUCGACAAAGGCACAGCUGUAUUGUUGUGGUUCUGGUCCCUGUCCAAGGCCUCUGCUACAUUACUAAUAACUACAUUACUAAUAAUAAUCCUUGGAUUUGAUGCACUUAGACCACACCUUCAGGCAUCUUCCCCCUCCGCCCCCUUGAUUCUAACUCCCGGAACAGGUGCAUAUCUUUCACUUUCCAGUGCCUGGGGAUGUCCUUCCGAUGUGAAAGGUGUUGUUCAAAUGCAAUUUGUUGUUUAUUGUUGUUGAAUUCGCUACCACUAAUCUCUGGGAUUUCCUGCCUCUAUCUCGCUGCCAUAUCCCUCUCUGUCUCUGUCAAUCAAUCUGCUCUCCCUUGCUGGAUACCCAAUCCCUCCACUGUGAGGCGCUCUCAGACCAUAUCCCAUGUGAAGGGCAAAUAUAUAGAAUUAUA